AUGGCUGAGGUUUGUUCUUCCAUCCUGCCCUCGCCCUGGGGCCACCCUCCUGCGUUCCGUCUUGAACCACAGGAUGCAGCUGACCUCCCUGGUGAUUGGGCCACGAUGCCUGCGGACCUGCUCGACAGAAUCAAACAGAUACUGGACGCCAGUGAGGGGCGAGCAUGGCAGAUGACCAAGCAUGCACGGCUCGUCAACCGACACUGGUGCAGGUGGGCCGAGAAGGCCAUCACCUCCGUGGAGCCGACCAAUGUGGUGUCCCUGGACGUGGUGGUGGACCGCAUCGCACGCACCUUCACUCGGGUACGCUGCCUGAAGCUGCGGCGGGCCCAGGGGCCCGGGGAUGGCGGCCUGCCUGCCCUGGAGCGCAUCCAGGCCACCCUGCGGGCCCUGGACAUGAGCAGCUGCUCCCAGAUGACCGAUGCUGGGCUUGAGUGCGUGGGGCGGCUGGCUGAGUUGACAGAUCUCAGUGUGAGGCUGUGCAAGCAGAAGGUGACGGAGGAGGGGCUCAUGCACCUGGGCAGGCUCACCAACCUUGCAAGCCUGGUGCUGUGUGAGUGCGUGAGCGUCAGCGAUGCCACCCUUGAGUCGUGGGGGGGCCUGCAGCGGUUGACACGGCUGAGCAUGGCGCGCUGCGAGCGGAUCACCGACGAGGGGCUGCGCCACCUGGGGAAACUCGCCUCACUGACGCAGGUGCGUGCAGUGUUGUGGCUUUGA